AUGCAAUCUUUUAUUUCGGCCAUUAAAACGUUAGCAGUGCAUUGUAACUUCAGUGAUUUAGAAAGACAAUUGCGUGACAGACUGGUGUUGGGAGUUAGAGAUGUGCGUUUGCGGCGUGAAUUACUAAAAACUGACAAUUUAACAUUCGCGCAAGCCGUAAGCCGAAGCGUUCAAUAUGAGCAAACUGUGAGCGACCUUUACCCGCAAGCUGCGAGUACCUCAACACCUCCGGAGACCAAACCAACAACGAGCACAAGUACAUCUGAACCUAUGGACACCAACUUAGUUAACGUCGGCUCGCACAAGCGCGAGUCUGCCUGUCGUCACUGCGGGGCGAAUCAUAACCCUAGAGGCUGUAAAUUUGCUAGGGCAAACUGUAACUACUGCAAGAAGGUGGGCCAUACGGUUGCCGUAUGUUGGAAUCGAAAUAAAAAGAAAAUUAAUCUGGUUGAAGUUGAUGAACUGGAUGACAGUAAGGAGGAUUUCGCCUACAUGAAUGAAAUCCUGCAAGUACAUGUUAAGUCAAGUAUUGAACAAGCUAGUAGCAAGAUCUUCACUAUAAUUAAGUUGUAUGACAAAGAAGUUCAGUUUGAAGUAGACUCAGGGGCGGCACGAACCGUCAUCUCAUAUGAAACAUGGAGAAACAUGCAGUUCAAUGUGAAAUUGGAAGAAGCCAAAAUAAACCUUAUCAGCUGGGGUCAGCAUCCAAUUAAACUGAAGGGACUGGCUAAAGUUAAAGUUGGAUAUAAAGGGCUUGAACAUGAAUUAACAAUAAUUGUUGCCAAAGACAAGGGACCUAAUAUUUUGGGAAGAGAUUGGUUUGCGCCAUUGGGAAUACAAGUGGAAGGAAUCUGUUGGACAAGUCAAGUACCAGAAGAACUGCAAUUAAAAUACCCCAAAGUAUUUAGUGACCAACUGGGUUGUUACACGGGGCCACCUGCAAAACUAAUUCUGAAGAGUGAAGCUCAACCAAAGUUUCUGAAAUGCCGACCUAUUCCUUAUGCUCUUAAAGAAGAAGUGAAAACCGAACUGAAGCGUCUUGAGGCAAUAGGUGUGUUGACUCCUGUAAGAUAUUCUGAUUGGGCUACACCACUCCGCAUUGUGAGGAAGGAAGAUGGAACCUUGAGAAUAUGUGGCGAUUACCGUUCAACAGUUAAUAUCUCAAUAAACUGUGAUGUUUAUCCACUGCCAACAUCAACGGAAGCGUUCCAAUUACUAUCUGGGGGUAAAAUAUUUUCAAAACUGGACCUGAAGCAAGCUUAUACACAGAUGUUAGUAGAUAAGGAAUCUGCAGAAAUUUUGACAUGGAAUACCCCGUUAGGACUGAUGAAAGUAAACCGAUUACCUUUUGGGGUCAGUGCAGCACCAGGAAUAUUUCAACAAGUGAUGUCAAGUCAAUUUGCUGACAUGGUUGGUGUCGCUGUUUUGUUAGAUGACAUUGUAGUGACAGGCACUGAUGAGGCUGAACAUGCUGCAAGGCUAGCUAGGGUACUUCAGCGUAUUCAAGAGCUUGGGUUCACCAUAAACAUUAACAAGUGUCAAUUCUCUGUGCCAUCAGUGACAUUCCUCGGCUAUGUUCUUGAUGCAAAGGGCAUACACCCUUGCCCAAGAAAGAUUAAGGAAAUCCAGGAGAGACCAAGCCCUUCAGAUCUGAAACAGCUCCGUGCAUUCUUAGGCCUAGUCAAUUUCUAUGAAAGGUUCUACAGAGCUAAGGCAGACAUCUUAGAGCCUCUGCACCAGCUUCUGAAGAAAAAUAUGAGUUGGAAGUGGGGAGAGAUAGAGGAAGAUGCGUUUAAGAAAGCUAAACAGCUGUUAACCUCUGAUUUGACACUUGUGCAAUUUGACAAGAAUAAGGAGGUAAUUCUCACUUGUGAUGCCUCGGAAUAUGGCGUUGGAGCCCUGAUAAGUCAUGUUUUUGAUGAUGGUCAAGAGAAACCAAUUGCAAUGGCUUCACGAACUAUGCAGCCGCAUGAAAGGAAUUACAGCCAACUGGAUAAGGAGGCCCUGGCUAUUAUCUAUGCACUAAAGAAGUUCCGAGAGUACCUGGUUGGUGUGAAAUUUACCAUAGUUACAGACCAUAAGCCGCUAAUUGGGCUCUUGAACCCAAGGAAGCCAAUUCCAGACCAAAUCUCUCCACGUCUGCUGCGCUGGUCACUGAUUUUAGCUAGUUACAAUUAUGACAUAUUGUAUAAGCCAGGCCAAGUAAUUCAGAAUGCUGAUGGAUUAAGCAGAUGGUGCAGUCCAGACCCUGUGCAAGAGGAAGCUCCUUUGCCAGAAGUGUUACUCCUUGAACAAACACCAGAAGGGUGGACAGUUUCUGUUGACGACAUUGCCAGUGAAACUAAGAAGGAUGAGCUGUUAAAAAAGGUUGUGUUUUUUGCCUUACAUGGGUGGCCAUCAGAGAGCAAUGACCGCACGUUGAUGCCCUACAUACAAAGGAAAGAUGCCAUUUCAGUUAGCAAAGAUUGCUUACUGUUUUCAAAUAGAGUCAUAAUACCAGAGAAGUUGCAGGAUCAAGUGUUAAAGAUAAUACAUGCACCGCAUGCUGGUAUGGUACAAUCGAAAGCCUAUGCACGAGCGUAUGUUUACUGGCCAGGCAUGGACGCCGACAUUACUGAAAUUGUUGAGCGAUGCGAACCCUGCCAGUUGACUCGCAACAAUCCACCAGCAACAUUCAGAGAAUGGCCUAUGCCCGAGAAAGCAUGGCAACGCCUGCACAUUGACUUUGCCGGCCCAUUCAUGAACAAGACGUUCUUGAUACUGGUGGACGCAUACUCCAAAUGGCCAGAAAUAGAAGUAAUGUCUAGCAUGUCUAGCGCACAAGUGAUACAGUCGCUAAGGAAGAUUUUUGCUGAACAGGGAUUGCCCGACUUACUAGUAUCAGACAAUGGAACUGCUUUUGUCUCUGAUGAAUUUGAAACUUUUUUGAAGAGGAAUUCCAUACAACAUGUAACUUCACCACCUUAUCAUGCAAAUUCUAAUGGACAGGCCGAGCGCACGGUGCAGACAAUUAAGAACAAAAUCAAGCGUCAGAGUGAUAUACCAUGGCCGGAAAGAGUUGCAAAACUCCUGUAUCACUUAAGAACAACUCCCAGUACAGUAACCGGGAAGACUCCGGCAGAACUCCUAAAUAACAGGAAGUUUAGAACAGCUUUAUCAACAUUGCAUCCUGAUUCCAAUCAUAGCAAAAAGUUUGUCCAAGCAUCAGGUACGGCCCUGAGACAAUUUUCGAUUGACCAAAAAGUAUACAUUAGAAAAUAUAACAAUAAUAUGGAGAAAUGGAUGAAGGGAAUGGUGGUGAAACGGAGUAGUGAAACAAUAUAUGAAGUAAGAGGUGAAGAUGGGGUGGUAUAUCGGCGGCAUGUGGAUCAAAUCAGAGCGAGGAAAGAUAACAGCCCGGACCAGAACUCGGAGACUGAGCUCCCACAAGACCCCAUGGGGAGUACACCAGAGAGAUGGGUCAGGGAUCUGUCACAGGAGCGUGAUCCGCCCAUUGUGAUACCACCUGAAAGUGAAUGGAGGGAUAUAAUUGGAUUCUGA